UCCCCCACCCCCUGGGGAUUAUUGCAUAUUUUUGCCAGGUCCCUCAUAGUCAUCUCCCGUACGGCGAGGUUGGUUCUGGGUAUUUUUCAUCUCGUAGCAUUGCAAAUCGUCAAGUGGUUAAGACAGCAACCCCUUGGUUCUGAGAGAACUUGAUGCUAUGGCCCUAGAAAAACAGUCUGUGGUGACCCUAGUGGAUUAUGGGACGGCUGAUGGUGGAAUUUCGAUGGAUCUUAUCUACGCAUGCGUCAAAGCAAUACGAGAAAAAUAUGGAGCUGAACUGCCGAUCAAUGUGAUCUAUGAGGAUCAACCGGUUAAUGAUUUCACGUCUGUGUUCUUGAGAACACAAGGUUUAGUUCCUGGUCCUCGCAGUUAUCUCCUGGACUUCCCCAACGUGUUCGUCAUGGCCAGCGGUACAAAUUUCUACGAUCAGUGUUUCCCCAAUGACAGCGUGACAUUGGGGUUCUCUUCUAAUUGCACACAUUGGUUGCGUGACAAGCCUUGUGACAUCACUGGAACGAUAUUUCCUUUGUUCACUACUGUACCAGAGGAAAAAGAAAAGUUUAGGGUACAGGCCGAAAGAGACUGGGAAUUAUAUCUAACGAAAAGAGCGGCCGAGCUUAGGCCAGGAGGAAGUAUGAUCUUGGCGGAGGUUGUUUUGACCGAAGAUGGCCAGUUUACAGGACACACGAAUGACUCCAAAUAUAGUUGUAUAACAUUGUUAUCGACACUUUGGAAAUCACUUGCAGAUGAUGGAGUAAUCACCGAUGAUGUGUUUACAAAAACAAAUCUAAGCGCCUACGUCAAAACGGUAGAUGACUUCAAGAAACCAUUCAAGUGUCCUAACUCGCCUGUUAUCAAAGCAGGGCUCGAGUUGGUUUCCAUAGACACGAAAAUCACACCUUGUCCAUAUAAGGGAAAAUGGAUUAAAGAGAAGGGGGAUGCAAAAGAACAUGCGAAGAAAUAUGUAGGAAGUAUUCGAGCGUGGAGCAACAGCACAUUUCUUUCAGGACUUUCGGAUUCUYGUUCUGYCGAAGARAAAUCUARRAUCGUCGAUGAAUUGUACCACCGUUACGAAGMUGAGGUGGCCAAGUGCCCUGAGGAUYAUGGGRUUGAUUWUGUUAACGCCUAUUUGGUCUUACGAAAACGUCUUUAAUACCACGCCAGUUUCGAGUUAUGUUUCWYUCAGGGAAAAMCYCCAUUUUGUGUUAAACAUUCACGUAUUCCUUUCCAGCUGAGCGAUGAAUUUUGUUUCAGCCAAUCACAGCGGGUUUAUAUAUAUAUAUAUAAACUUUUAUUUUACAACCACCACUCCCCAUGCGAUGUUCUUCCGUGUGAGGUUCCCUUCACACGCACUACCACUACAUUCUAUAUUUACAACAUACAACACUCAACUCACAAGUUGCUUUUCAGUUACGGAGGGAGGAAACCGGAGAUCCCGGAAAAAAACCCUCGUGGCAAGGGAGAGAACAACACAACAAACAAACUAAACUCACAUAUGAUCCAGUCUGAGCCAGGGCUCGAACUCGGACCACAGUGGUUAGAGGCGAUUGGAAAACCACUACGUCACCCAUGCCACCCAUUAUCUGUUUUAGCGCAUGCCCUCAUUCCCAGGCUACUGUAACCCAACUUUUGCGUAUUUUUCUGCUUUCUUUUUACAUUUUGUUCACUCAUGCUUUGCGCGCCGCGUUCACCGCUCAGCUGGUUUGCUACGAGAUAAAUAUUACUAAAUCAGUAGUCAUGUUACACAGUCAUUUACAUCAAGUAGUAGUUAAGUUGGUUGUAAAGGGGUUGAUCUAAAACUAAUCAUCAAUGUACGUUUAUUACAAUAGUACAUGGUGUAAGCCAUACGGUUUGUAGACAAAGGAGCGUGUUUUAAAAUAGCUCUUGAUGCUGGUUGUUUCAUUAAAGUACUUAUACGACAAAAAUCGA